AUGCAGUCAGAAGAUGGAAGUGACUUGGGAAUCUACGUUAAAUCCGUAGCUCAAGGCGGUGGAGCCUCUCAAGCCCGUUGGCUCGGUCACGAAUCUUCCACCGAGGAAUCGCCACAGCCGGUGAUCGCACCAGGCGAUCGUAUUCUUGCAGUUGAUGGAAAUGAAACAAGAGGUUUAUCUCAGGACGCAGCUGCUCGAUUAGUCAGUCAGGCCGGGUCUGAAGUUCGUCUGACACUGGCACGAAACCUCGGUCUGGGUUGUGUUGCCGCUGCGGUUCCUGCUAAAGAUCUCCGCAAAAGAAAUGAAAAUUCGUUGAUGAGGACUGUACUGCGCGAAACUAAUAUUCCCUUGUCCUGUCCUGAAUUUGAGGACAUCUUGGAACAGAGCAUGAUGUACUUCCGUGUUAGGCCCGGAGCUAUAAAUUGGGGUCAAUCGGUCAGAUGGCUACAUGCCGACGACGACGACGACGAUGAUGAUGACUACAGCGAUUAA